CGCACAUUCUUCAAUCCGAUUUCUGACACGGCGAUGAUAAAUUACCCCUCGUGCUAAUGCCGCGACGAGUGUUGCGAAGGUCGUAACGUUGCUCCGCAGAGAUAGCGACAGUGACACGAGGCUCCUAAGAACUACGGAAGGCGACAACGAGCUGGAAACACUAGAUUAUCACAUAAGAAGAAGGAUCUUCGUGGUCUUUCACCUCAUUUCAGACAGCGAGAUGAUCUAUUCGCCACGGGAGCUGGUCAAAGUCUGCGGGCGGUGAAGGUGGAUUUUGUUUUUAGGCAUUGGGAGGAGGGCUUGGGCCAGAAUGAACGAUCAGAAACCAUUACCUGUAUCUGUAUCCUGUCAUUGCCAAGACGGAAACAAUGGAGCAACUGAGUAACUCUGGACAGCCCACAAACGCCUACGUUAACAGUUUUUGCUAGUGUAAAGAAAGCGAUAUCCAAGCGGUUGCAAGCUUUGAGGUGGGUGGUGUUGUCGCUACUGGAAAACGAAGCGCAUGAUUCGAGCUGGAAUCGAACAAGCCUGACAAAGCGAACAUGACUGGGCGCCAAGAGCUGGCCUUCGAGUAUCGUUACUCUUGGUAUCUUUAUGAAAGAAUGUGUGAACGCAUUGAUUAUUUGGUGGCCGCUGGUUGAACACAACCUAUUCUUACAGUCACUGUGGCGACUUAAGUUUUGGUGGGGGUCUACGCAACAUCAAUUACAGAGUUGUUGUGUUUCCUGGAGGUGUCGAAGAGAUUGGAAGUAUGCUCGGAGAAUUGUAUGAAGUGCAUGAGGCGAGCAACCGGCAGAAGGAAAAUGGUGAGGGAGCUCUCCAAUAUGUUUCGUGCCAUAGCGGUAUUCUUCAUUGGAUGACAGCCUGUCAUUGACAGGAUUUAGUGGGGAUCAUGUGAUGAUGCAGCAAUGGGUGAUGUCUUGUCACAAGACUUGCACAAGUUGAAAACCAUUUUGGAUGAAAAGUGUGCCUUAUGCUGUGGGCACAUACCAAUGUCAGCACGAACACUGUAAUGCUCUUGCAGGAGAUGGCGUUGCGUUCAUAGUAUAGCCUGGAAACUGAAAUGGGACUAAAGACCGUAAACUUUAGUUAUGGCAACUGCAUCGAACCUCGUCGACCCCAACUGGUGACGAUUGCAGUACGCGUGAAUUAUCCUUGAGUUUAUGCAGUGGAGAACUUGGUAUGUACGUGUGCUCUGGAGCAUAGUACUCAUGCGAUCCUAUCAGUGCAGGUUGGGCUUGGUUUGGUGGCGAUAGUUGGUGGUGGUGGGUAUGGUCUUAACUGAAGUUUGAGGUUAAGGUCGAAGUGUCCAAGUUGCUCACUUUGCGCGAUCAUCAAAGCGCAACAUUCGCGCAACUCAAGUGAUGUUCCGACGAAACGUAAUCAUCCUGUGGGGCACCGGAUUUUUUUCCUCGUUGGAAGUCCGACCUAUGGAAGGUUCUGCCCGCAGCCGCAACGUCUGCCGCCAUCUCGAUCGCUGGUCGGAGUCUGUACCUAAUGUCGAAGUGAUACUUCAGAAUUAUGCGGUGAGAUUAGCCUACGGAAGCAAAAGCAGCUCUAAGCUAAGCUGCGUCCAGCAUACCCAGCCGAUGCCGGGUGGCGUUUUUCGCUUCUAGAAGGAGCGACGUGGUCUCACGUGGUCGAGGAGAAGAGUCGACCACGACAGACACACAAUCUCGCGGGCUUGCCUCAGAUUACUCCACUUCCCCGUCGAAGCGGUCGCCACAAUCGUUCUGCUCGGCAGCACGGCCAGCUGGAUACAGGCUGCCUCGCGAGUCUCGUGAACACGUUGGCCAAAGUUCUUGCGCAGUGGAGUCCCCAUGCGUUCUCAGUUGUCUCCGCUCGGGAGGCACAUUUUGGUGGGUGAAGCGACCCUCACGAAAUCGGCUCAGCAAUUCGUGCGGUGCUUCGCCGCGGUACCGCGUCAGAUGCUGACCGCAUUUCGUCGGGGAGCGCAAUCAUGCAGAUGAAUGACUGUCGUUCAGUUUUCAAGAGAAAGACCAAGCUUGCGCUCAGCUCGACAUGUCACACUCGUGGUCAUCAACUGAAUCCGGUCGCUGGCCUGGAAGCGGAAAAUGCUCAUGCUCUUUCAAGUCCUGCUCAACUGUCCGGGAGUGAUACUGGUAAAUGCCUACGGCGUUGCUUUCGGCAUUAUGCACAUGUUGCGACAGCAAGAAGACGUGAAUACCGCAGGUGAGGGUUGUAGCUUCAGGAAAGUAGUCCCGAUUCGGGACUCCUGAAUUCGCAGCGAGCAGCGACGUAAUCAGGCUUUUGCAAGAAAUGAAGCGCUCGCCAAAAAACGGCACAACCGCAAACCGUCUUUCCUCAAGUUCGCCACAUUUUGCUAAAUAUGGCAACUGGAAACGGCCUAACAGAGUCAUCAUUCGUCCAUGACAUCCACUCGUCCUAAGCUCACGAAGUGCUUGUAACAUGGAUGUGCCACAGCUGAAAAGUGCUCAGAACAGGUCGCUAGUGCCAAUGGACACGAUGACAUGGUUUGACCGUCAAAGUUUGACGGCGUCAAAUUGCCGCAAAGGGCUUAGAAAUGAGCGUUCGGCACGGCUGAAAACGUGGCGUUUGAAGAGCUCUACCAGCGAUGUUGCUGCCUGUUUUCGCAACACUGCCACAAAACCUACCGACCAUCGGUGGGACAACGCGGGCAACUCCGAUAGUCGCCAGUGUGGUGCCUGCCGUAAAAUGACCAGCAAAAGAUGAGUGAGGCGUCGAGCUAGCUUCGGUUCAAGGCAGCAAUAUGCGGAAUGCGGCGCAGCACCCGAUUCUCUGCGUGCCUCUCAUUAACGCCAGCGCUAUUAAUAACAAGGUGGUGGUAGCUCCAUUUGCAGACCGGUUCUCACAUGUCAAGCCUGCGAGCGCUAUCAUGCCGCACGACAGGUGGUUGGCGCGCCGUCAUACGGCCCUUCUUUUCGAGAGGAGCACGUAAUCGAGGCUGUCACAAUUGCCAGACAAUGUGGUCCCAUACAAACUCCAAGAUACCUGUUUAAGAGACCGCAACGCUGGCGCAAUCAUUUUAGGAUUGAUUUCGCACAAUCAGCGCUGCCAAACGUGCAAAGCGCCAUUUCAGAAUUUGCCUUCAGGGUGGCAAGUCGAUCUCCAAGCAUUAGUCGAAAGCAGCAAUGACCACUUCCCAGGCAUCCUUCGCCGGGCCAGUGACCGGCUCGCAGCCCUUCCUGGCGCCCGCGUUCGCAGCUCCGCGCAGCCAGCAGUCGCUGUCGGAUUACCCGCCGCUUGCGCUGUUCGCCGCGGCCGAACAGGCCCAGCAACAGGAGCUCCAGCGCCAGGCGGCUGUGGCUCAAACCCAGUCACCAGUGCGGUCACCCUUCCAGCAGCAACCCGCUACGUCCCCGCUCAGCCUUAGCAUCAACCCCAAGCUGCCGUCUCUCGAGGGUCUGCUCAAGCAGAUGCAGACCACCUCACCCACAGCUUCCUCGGCACCGUCGCCGCAACACCCGCGGCUCAGCCCCAUGUCGACAUCGAUGCCGUCGUUUCGACCCAUGAUCAGCCCCAACAUGGCCAAGCGUGCGCUACCACAGGCCCCAUUGCCCGGUGUGGCCUCGUUCGCACCUCAGCAGAUGAGUUCAUCUAUGGGUCCGAGUUUCCCCGGCAAGAAGCGCUCGUGGGCCGACGCCACUCCGGUGCAGCAGGUGAUGUACCCUGUCAAGUCCCGCUCGUCGCCCAGCAGCGGUCACACCACACACCGCAGCCGAGCUUCCAAGUACUGCAAAAUCGAGGGUUGUGAGCGCGUCUCACAGCGUAACAACUUAUGCCACAGCCACGGCGGCAAGCGUCUUUGCAAAGAGGAGGGUUGCUCGUCCAAGGACCGCGGCAACGGCUUUUGCAUUAAGCACGGCGGUGGCAAGAUCUGCUCCAUGGGUGGCUGUGAAAAGAAGGCUCGUCGAAAAGGACUGUGCACGCAACACUUCCGCAUCGCGGAUGAGCACAACGCGGAGAACGUCGCAGCGUCUCCGUACAUGGCCGAGCACAGUGCGUUCCGGUCUGUUUAAACGGAGGCGCGUGUGUCUUCCGUAUCAUUAGCCAAAUAGGUCUAAGUAUUAAGUUUCUCGUGUGAGAUAGGUGCAGUGCUGGUAAUCCCCGAUCAAAUAGAAAGAGGUUUACUCUAUGAA